CAUUCAGCAAAUGUAAUCCCGCACGGGUUUUUUUUUUUUUUUAGGAAUUAUGCAGUAUUGUCUUUGCUUUUUAGGUAGCCAUACUAACGGUAAACCCUGUAUGAGUCUAUAAUGAUUUAAUGUCGCAGAAAGCUGCUUGAAAAAGAUUUCCAGCGAGUCAUAGAAAGUCCAACAUGAGUUCUCAGGAUGUAUUGAAGAGUGCUACUACUUUAGCAUCCUAUAAUGUGCUUAUACAGGUGCUAUUCCGUGUCUUCACCUUUUUGCUGAAUGCAUUCACACUGCGGUUUGUGACCAAAGAGCUAAUUGGAGUCGUUAACGUCAGGCUUACUCUGCUGUACUCCACAUUAGUGUUUCUAUCCAGAGAAGCUUUCCGGAGAGCCUGUCUGAGUGGGGUAUCUGGAACAAACCACAGCUGGAGACAAGUUAUCAACCUGCUAUGGCUGAUGGUGCCUCUGGGUGUUUUUUGGGCAGUCCUGCUGAUCUGCGUGUGGCUGUGGCUCCUGGAGGUCCCAGACCCCCAGACUGUCCCUUAUUAUGGCCCUGCUGUGGUGUUGUUUGCCUUGUCAGCAGUACUGGAGCUCCUAUCUGAGCCCCUUUAUGUCCUGGCUCAAGCUCACAUGUUUGUCCGACUCAAGGUGGUCGCUGAGAGCUUAGGAAUGAUCGCUAAGGGGAGCGUAACCGUGGUGCUGGUGGUGUUUGCACGUGAAUGGGGCCUUUACGUCUUCUCUGCUGCUGAUUUAAUGUACACAGUAUUCCUGGUGCUGUGCUACGCUGUUUACUUCAUCCGUUUCUUGGGCUCCAAAGAGGCAGUCAAGAUGGGUUUUCCUCUGCACCAUGUUGGAGAACUUUUGCCCCGUAGAGCUGAUGGAGAGCCGCUGAUUGAUUGGACUCUGGCCCGGCUCACAUGGAGCUUCUUCAAACAGUCCUUCCUGAAGCAGAUCCUGACAGAAGGUGAGCGGUACGUCAUGACCUUCCUGAAUGUCCUCAGCUUUGGAGACCAGGGAGUUUAUGACAUCGUCUGUAAUCUGGGGUCCAUGGUGGCUCGCUUCAUCUUCUUGCCCAUCGAGGAAAGCUUCUACAUCUUCUUUGCCAAAGUGCUGCAGCGAGGACGUGAUGUCAAAAGUCAAAAACAGGAAGAUGCUGCCAUGGCAGCCGAGGUCCUGGAGUGUCUGCUGAAACUGGUGCUGGUGAUCGGACUGAUUAUCUCAGUGUUUGGCUACGCCUACUCCCACCUGGCUCUGGACAUUUAUGGUGGCUCUCUGCUCAGCAGCGGGGCAGGGCCGAUUUUGCUACGAUGGUACAGCUGCUACGUUCUCCUGCUUGCUGUAAACGGUGUAACGGAGUGCUUUGUGUUUGCUGCCAUGAGCAAAGAAGAGGUUGACAAGUACAACUUUGUGAUGCUGGCUCUGUCUGUGUCUUUCCUGUUCCUGUCCUACAUGUUGACGUGGUGGGCUGGCGGUGUGGGCUUCAUACUGGCAAACUGCCUGAACAUGGGCCUCCGCAUCUUGCACAGCCUGCUUUACAUCCACCGAUAUUUUCAGUCCAGUCAAUGGAAACCACUGCGAGGCCUGCUGCCCUCCCCACUCUUACUGCUGGCACUUGCUGUCAGUGCUGUUGUCACAGCGCUAUCUGAGGGUGUGUUCUGCUGUGACAGCGGCUGGCUGUUAAGGCUGGUCCACAUCGGUGUAGGAGCGGUAUGUCUGCUCGGUGUGUUGGUAGCCGUUCUUCUAACAGAGACUCGACUUAUUCAGUUCGUGAGGACUCAGCUCUUGCCCCAGUACAGAAAGAAACACACUUAGAUUGGACAGGAAGUGGAUGUACGGGACUGGAAGAACACUUCUGUUUCAGUACAAAAGUUCCAGCGGGAGCUGCUGGUCAACAUUUACUGACUACAACGAAGGAUAAACUUAGGAAAACUGACCUUGUGUGUGUAUGUGAAUGCGUGUGUGUGUAAUGAUAAUAUAUAUUUUUACUGGAUCAUUCCCGUGUUGGCUCAUGUAAGUAUGAACAAACUUGUAACAAUGUUUUGAGGAUCUAAUUGUGGCCGAUACAGAAAUUAAUGUUUU